AUGAACUUGGAUGUCUCUUGCCAUUUAUGCGGAUGCACAAUUGAUGACGGACUUAUUAGCAAACAUAUUUACAAUAACUGUUCAAUGCACGCUAAGGCACAAAAGACCUCGCGCAGGAAUAUUGUUGAUUACUGGAAGAAGUCAGCAAUAGACAGUGAGGAAGUAAUUCUCGAAAAAAUAGAUGCACUUCGUAAUAAGAAGGAAUCUCGCGAAGAGACACCAAAUACGCGUCCUAAUAAAAAAUUUAAAAGUGACGCAAAAAACAAUACUUUGCCGUUAGCCGCGAGAGUUCGUCCAAAUAAUUUGGAUGAAUUCAUCGGACAAAAUGAGUUGGUCGGAGAAAAUGGGUUGUUAAGAAAUCUCAUUUUACGUGAUAUAAUACCAUCAAUGAUAUUGUGGGGACCUUCAGGGACUGGUAAAACGACUUUAGUCAGGAUAAUGUCAAAUAUGACGCAAUCGAUUUUCAAAGAAUUCUCGGGAGUUACCCAUGCUUCCGCCGAUCUCAAAAAAGCUUUCGAUGAAGCCAAAAAUGAGAGAAAGCUGUUUCCAGGAAGGCGUACAAUUAUUUUUUUGGAUGAAAUUCAUCGGUUCAAUAAAGCACAACAAGAUUUAUUUUUGCCAUACGUAGAGUCGGGCGAAAUAACACUGAUAGGUGCAACGACGGAGAAUCCCUCAUUUAAAAUAAACUCUGCAUUAUUGAGCCGGUGUAAGGUCUUCACGUUAAAUAAAUUAUCUUCAGACGAAGUGUAUGACAUUUUGCAAAGAGCAUCUCGAGACAGUAAAAUAGAGGACAAAUGUUCAUUCAAAACAGCGUUACAGCUUGUGGAUAAAAAACCUGAGGAUAGGGUAGACGAUGAAGCCUUAAGGUUUUUGGCUGUAAUGAGUGAUGGAGAUGCAAGAAUAGCUCUAAAUACACUAGAGAUAGCCAUGAACACAUUGCAUCAAAAAAUCAUGAAGGAAGAUAUUAAAAUGGUGCUUCAAAAAUCCCAUCUUCAAUAUGAUAAAGACGGUGAAGAACACUAUAAUAUAAUCAGCGCUCUUCAUAAAAGUAUUAGAGGAAGUGAUGCCAAUGCAAGUUUAUAUUGGCUUGGUAGAAUGCUUACCGCGGGAGAAGAUCCUCUAUACAUAGCAAGACGAUUGAUCGUGGUUGCUUCGGAAGAUAUUGGACUUGCUGAUAACAAUGCUCUUCCUCUGGCCAUAGCAACUUACCAAGCAUGUCAAUUUAUUGGUAUUCCUGAAUGUGAAACUAACUUGGCACAUUGUGUUACCUAUUUGGCAGAAGCUCCAAAGAGUGUAAGAUCAUACAUGGCAUAUCAAUUGGUUAAAAAAACCAUUAAAGAAGAGUAUUCUUAUCCGGUUCCUUUCAACAUAAGAAAUGCACCAACAAAAUUAAUGAAGGAUCUUGGCUAUGGUCAUGGUUAUAAGUAUAAUCCUGAUUACGAAGGCCCUGUUCAUCAAGAGUAUUUACCACCAGAGUUAAAACGGAAAGUAUUUCUGGAUGUUCACAAACCAAUGAAAAGAGACGAGGAAAUUGUGCAACAAGAAGAAAUUGGCGGAUAA